AUGCUAUCGUCAACUUCAACGCCAUACGACAUACUUGGAGCAAAAAAAACUGAUAAUAAUUAUAAUUUACGUGUAGCAUAUCGUGCACGAAUUCAUGAAUACAAUCAAGAUCGACUUAAAAACCCUAGAAGUCGUAAUAUUACAGCUGAAAAAUUUCGACUUAUUUGUCGUGCUUAUGAAACAUUAUCUGAUCAUGAUAAACGUAAAAAAUAUGAUAAUAGUGGUGAAUGGAUAUCAAAUUUAGCUUUGCAAAAAUAUACAUUACAACAAUUAGCUGCUGAGCCUGAACUUUUACAAGAAUUAAAAAAUCGUCUAAAAGAUGUUACAUUAAAAAUGAUAAAUUCAAAAGAUUCACAAACAAGACAAACACCACUCUAUUGCGCAGCACGUGUUUGCAAUCUAGAAGCUGUCUACUAUUUAACAGAACAAGGAGCUGAACCUGAUUUAGCACAGCGAAUAGGAAGUUCAGCUUUACAUGUUAGUGCUUUUUACGGACAUCCAGAAAUAGUUCGUUGUUUAUUGGAGAGUGGAGCCGAUUAUCGAAUAAAAAAUGAUUGCGAAAAUACAGCAGAAGAUGAAUCUUAUGAUAAUGAGGUAAAACAAACGUUUGCCAAUUUGAAAAUGACACCUUUUGUACAAACAGCUGCAAAUCAACUUGAUUGGUUAAAAAAUAAUAUUGAUAAAAUCAAGCAUAUUGAUGAACAAUAUUAUAUACAACGACAAACAUUACUUCAUUGUGCUAGUAAAAAAGGUUAUAUAGAUGUUGUUCGUUGGUUAGUCGAAAAAUGUUCAGCCGAUUUAGAUAUCGUUGAUAUUAAUUUAAAUUCAGCUUUGCACCUUGCUGCCUAUGGUGGACAUGAUUCAAUAGUAGAAUAUCUUAUUAAUCGAGGUGCUAAUCCACUUUUAUUAAAUAAAUGGUGUAUGACAGCUGAAGAAGAAGGUUCUUUUCAUGGGAAAAAGAUUACGAACCUAUUUGAAUCGAUGCGUACACGGGAUAUGUUUAGAAUGGCUGCUGAUGGUGUCGAUUGGUGGUUUGAAUAUUAUUUUCGUGAUAAAUCACCCGAUACAGUUAAUGAUAAUGGCGUAAGUUUACUGUAUGUUGCAUGCCGUUGUGGUAAAACAUCAAUUGCAAAAUGGCUUUUAGAAAAAGGAGCUAAUAUCAAUAUAAAACUUUUAAAAGAACCAGGAAGUACGCCAUUACAUGGUGCUGUCUAUCAUGGACAUAUUUCAACAGUUGACUUAUUAUUAUCACAUGGAGCUGAUAUAAAUAUAAAAAAUACCUAUGAUACAAUUGCUUUUGAUGAUGCACAAACGGAUGAGAUGAAACGACAUUUACAACAAUAUCGAACUAAUUUGAAAGAUAAUAAAUUACUUGAUGUACAUUUAUAUGGGGAUGGUGCUAAAUCUGGUACGCAACCAUUAGCAAAAUUACAAAUACACUGUAAUGCUAAAUAUAGCGAUCUUAUAGAAGCAAUGCCUGCUUCAAUGCGAGAUCAGUUUCCAAAUUUUUCUAUAGCUCGACGCCCAUUAAAUUUUGAAGAUGAUAAGACAACAAUUCUAUCAGCUGUAUGUCGUGCUCGAUAUGGAACAUCAAAAUUCGUUCAAUUACCACUAUGUAUCACAGCACAUGAAAGAGUACGUUAUAAGAAAGCUGGUCAUGUUCUUCGAGAUGAACUUCCUGCUAGUGAUAUAAGUGAAUUUCAUCAAAAGUUUCAACCAAAUUGUCCAAAAUUAACAAUGAAAAUUUCUCGAUUAGAUAAAAGUCAAACAUUUACUAUUAAGAAUUUAUCGUUUACUUAUCCGAAUAAUUGUGUUGAUCAAGAUGUUAUAAUUGAUGUUGAAUAUAUAAUGUCGCCAGAUAUUGGUACAGUCAAUUUGCCAGGAUGCAUUUGUCUUUUUCAAACAAGAUAUGUUAAUAGAUAUAAAUUAAAAAAUAUGCCAACCGUAUUGUUUAGUGGUGAACCAAAUGCUAAACUGUAUAAUUUAGCUCCUUUAUCAUCUUACUGGUUUUCUUAUAGAACACGACAUACACGUUUAAUUUCGAUAGGUGAAACCAUACAUGCUUUUAUUCGUCAUAUUGAUAUUAUUCCUUCUCUAUUAACUCUUCCACCAGAUAUGUUUAUUCAAGUUGUUGUCGGAAAAUUAUUUCAAACUCGUAAUAAACCAAUUUUUUGUCAAUGUUUAAAAAUUCGUGAACACAAUAAAACUGUCUUUCCUCAUAUUGCUUAUCAUGGAACAAAUAUAAAAGCUAUAGAAUCAAUUCUUAUGGAUGGACUUGUUAUGCCGAGUACGGUAGUUUCCAGUGGAUUACGUAUUUGUCCACCAACUAAUCAUAUUGCUCGCGGAACAAAAGCUUUUGGUGUUGACGAUUUUUCAAAUGGAAUAUUUAUAACACCAAGUAUACACUAUUGUUCAGAUCCGGCAUAUGCAAUCACAUUUACACAUGAUGAUCAACGUCUUAUACCUGUGUUGGAAUGUACUGUUAAAAAUAAUUCAUUCCAGAGUUUUCCAAGUACUGUAAAGACUUAUGUUGCCCAUGAAGGUGAUGAUAUCAACGCAAUUGAAUGGCGUCUGACAAAUACAGCAGAUAUUGAAAUCAUAUCAGUACUUUUGAUUCCUGUGAUAACGUCAAAAACUGACACAGCGAAAUCGAGAGCUAAGAAGCUCAGUGAUAAUCCAGAUAGUGCUAAAUAA